GUCUCCGCUCCUGCAGCCCCUUGUCAGCAUCAGCGAAGUGAUUGGAGCACUGGUCACUUACCUCUGAAGGACUGGGCCUUUUUGUGCAGUUGCGCAUUCAAGGGUUGCAGGAAACUUCUGAAAAGAAAGAACCACAACACUUCAGGGCACAGCAGAGCUGUAAGCCUGUCAAUCUUUACAGGACUGGGUGGACUGAAGUCAGAAAACAGACCCAAAUUGGUGACCCAAUAGAUGAAGAUGGAGAUGGAAGAGCAGGACCCAGGAGGACUUGGACCUGGCCAGUCAAUGAGGAAAGACCCCUAUCUCAUCCAAGCUGGGAGUGGUGUUGCAUUCUGGGAGAGAGCUGUGCCAGAGAUUUGGGGCCAGGAGCUCCUGAACUCAGGAGUACUUUGCCAACGCUUCCGGCAGUUCUGCUACUGUGAGGGCGAUGGGCCCCGGGAGGUUUGCAGCCAGCUCCAUGGACUUUGCAACUUCUGGCUGAAGCCAGAGAGACACUCCAAGAAGCAGAUGCUGGAUCUGGUGAUCCUGGAGCAGUUCCUGACCAUCCUGCCCAAACAAAUGCAGCGCUGGGUGAGAGGAUGUGGGCCAGAGACCAGUUCCCAAGCGGUGGCCCUGGCUGAAGGUUUCCUCCUGAGUCAGGCCGAGGAGAAGAGGCAGGCAGAACAGACAUGGGAUCCAUCCAUGAAGAUGGAAGCAAAUUUCUCUGAGAUGGAAAGAGGUCUAUUGGAGGAAGGGCAGCAAGCCCAGACGCACAUCCAAGAUGCCAACUCACCUGGCAGUGAAGAGAUACCGUGGAUCCAUUCUCGUUGCGGAGGCAUGGGAACAGCUGCUGCACCUUCAGUCCAGACCUUGGUUUCCUUUGAGGAGGUGGCCGUGCAUUUCACAGAGGCAGAGUGGGCAUUGCUAGGCCCUGACCAAAGAGCUCUCUAUGAGGACGUCAUGCUGGAGAACUACAGGAGCGUGGCCUCUCUGGCAGGAGAUGAGCAGUGGAAUGAAGACGAUGAGAAAAUGCAGAACCUAUUACCAGAUCAAAUCAACAACGAUGGUCUGAAAGCAAAUUUCAUGAACACAAGUGGACCUAAGAGGCAGAAAGGAAGUCACAUGACUUAUAAGAUGGUUAAGCCCAUUUCUCACCAAGGGCAGGAUUUCCAUGAACUAGUCCGCACAGUAGAGGAAACAUAUCAGUGCUUAGAGUGUGGAAUGUACUUCCCAGAUCAAAGACAAUAUGAGAUCCAUUUGCAAAUACACAGUGAUAAUGUACAUAUUCCAAAGGACAAUAUAAUAAGGGUAUGUAAAUGCUUUCGGUGUGGAAAGUUCUUCAUCUACAGAUCCAAACUACUUGUGCAUCAAAGAACCUACACUGGAGAGAACCCUUUUGAAUGCUUUGAGUGUGGAAAGAAAUUCAGUCAGAGUAGCACUCUUCAAAUGCAUCAAAAUACUAACGCAAAAGAAAGAUUGUUUGAAUGCUCCAAGUGUGAAAAGAGAUUCAGUCAGAGUGGUGCUCUUAAAAAGCACCAAAAAAUUCACACAGGGGAGAGACCUUUUGAAUGCUCCAAGUGUGAAAAGAGAUUCAGUCAGAGUGGUGCUCUUAAAAAGCAUCAAAGAAUUCACACAGGGGAGAGACCUUUUGAAUGUUCCAAGUGUGGAAAGAAAUUCAGUCAGAGUAGCAAUCUUAAAGGACAUCAAAUAACUCACACUGGGGAGAGACCGUUUCAAUGCUUAGAGUGUGGUAAGAGAUUUAGUUUUAGGGGCAAUCUCAAAGUGCAUGAAAGAACUCACACAGGGGAGAGCCCUUUUGAAUGCUCAAACUGUGGAAAGAGAUUCAGUUGGAGAGGUGGUCUUCAAAGGCAUCAAAGAACUCACACAACUGAAAGAGUUUUUGAAUGCUCAGACUGUGGAAUGAGAUUCAGUUGGAGAAGUAGUCUUCAAGGACACCAAAGAACUCACACAGGGGAGAGACCUUUUGAAUGCUCGGUGUGUGGAAAGACAUUCAUUCAUAGUAGUCAUCUUAAAGAGCAUGAAAGAAUUCACACAAAGGAGAGACCUUUCGAAUGCUCUGAGUGUGGAAAGAGAUUCAGUAGGAGUGGUAGUCUCCAACAGCAUGAAAGAACUCACACAAAGGAGAGACCUUUCGAAUGCUCUGAAUGUGGAAAGAGAUUCAGUAGGAGUGGAGGUCUCCAACAGCAUGAAAGAACUCACACAAAGGAGAGACCUUUUCAAUGCUCAGGGUGUGGAAAGAGAUUCAGUUGGAGUGGAAGUCUCCAAAAACAUCAAAGAACUCACAGAGGAGAGAGAUCUUUUGAAUGCUCAGAGUGUGGAAAGAGAUUCAGUUGCAGUGGAAGUCUCCAACAGCAUCAAAGAACUCACAGAGAGAGAUCUUUUGAAUGCUCUGAGUGUGGAAAGAGAUGCAGUCAGAGUGGUGAUCUAAAAAAGCACCAAAGAAUUCACACAAAGGAGAGACCUUUCGAAUGCUCCGAGUGUGGAAAGAGAUUCAGUCGGACUGACACUCUUCAACAGCAUCAAAGAACUCACACAGGGGAGAGACCUUUUGAAUGCUCCGAAUGUGGAAAGAGAUUCAGUCAGAGUAGCAAUCUUCAAAGGCAUCAGAGAAGUCACACAGGGGAGAGACCUUUCAAAUGCUCCCAGUGUGAAAAAAGGUUCAGUCAGAGUGGUGAUGUUAAAAAGCAUGAAAUGACUCACACAAAGGAGAGAUCUUUUGAAUGCUCAGAAUGUGGAAAGAGAUUCAGUCAGGGUAGUCAUCUUAAAGAGCAUCAAGUAACUCACACAAAGGAGAGACCUUUCGAAUGCUCCGUGUGGAAAGAGAUUCAGUCAGAGAUUUGCAAUCUUCAAAGGCAUCAGAGAAGUCACACAAAUGUGAAUGCAUUUGAAGGCUCAUUGUAAGGUCUCUUUCCACUGUCAGAUGAUACAAUCCAGUUUGAUUUUGAAGGACACUCCCCUAAUAGCCGAAAGUGCAAUGGUUGGAUCUUUGGGUUAGCCUUGAGAGAGCACAUCUGCCUGCCAUGUCUAGAGCCCAUGUUUAUCAUAGUGGUACAACUUCACUAGUGCUUUGACAUAUCCCCUCACAUCUCACAUUAAUGCAAUACAGAUCACAUCUGAGCCCUCAAAGCAGCCACACCUUUGAUCAACUCAAGCAGAGUGCUUUGAAACUUGCUUGGAAUGUUAGUUUUAUAUCUCAUUCUUUUCACUAAAUUUUGAGCCAGCAACUCCACAUUGCCCAGUCAAAUCCAAUUUCUUUUCUUGACUCAACCAUGGUUAAGGGUAAAUCCAAUCCCAUGCCAAACUAUGGGACAUUUCCCCAGAAAAGGGUAACCCGGAUGUGUGAAGAGUGUGUGCCAGGUUUCCCCCAUUCCCUUGAGACCUGUGCAAAUGUUUUGAAGAGCACUUACUCUCAUUGGAAUUGUGCUGCACAGAUUCCCUACAAUUUUCAGGUUUUCACUCACGUUGGGUAAGGUAAUAUUUGGCCCUCUCCCCUCUUCCCCCCGAUUCCCUUUCCCCACGCUUAGUUUUCCUUUGUGUGCAUGUGCUUCGACUUAAGGAGUCAGCUCUCAGCUGGUUUUUGGUGGUUGCAGUUUUACACCUUUAUAUUCUAUUGUGUAUUCUCUUAUUUUUUCUUCUUGUUCUUUUCUGUUUCUUCAUAUUGAUUAUUACAUGCAGCUGGAACGCUGCAUGUAGGCUUCUAUUUCUCUCAUCUUUUACUUUUGCUUCUUGUUUAUCCUUAGCAAUUAGUUUCCUCAGUCAUCCAUUAAGGUUUUUAUUUCUUUUGCUAUAUGAAUAGGCUUUCCACAUUCCACCCUAAUCAUAUUUCUGUUUUCAACAGUUGAAGAGCUUGAUAACCACCCCUUUCCCUGUAGCUUUUCCCAGCCAUUCAGGGGAUUAUCGUCUACUUAAUCUUCUGUCUAGAAACAGAAGGCAUGUUUCUCAGGUUGUUUGUAAAUAUAUAUCAGCUGCACAAAAAAAUUGAGCUACUGUUUUUCAUUCAGAGCCUAGUUAAAAACGGAGUGGUUCUGUGGCUAUUUUAAUUGUAAUUUUAAUGUUCUAUCUUACAAUAUGUAUUUAAUAUUUACUUGGAAUGGUCUAGUUUGCUUUGAGAGUCGAAACUGUGUCUCUGCUGGAGUUUUUGUUCAGUCUUUGAAAGUAAGGCUCUUUGGAACCAUUGGAUGAGAUCUCUUUCCAGUGUCCUCCCAUUCCUUUAGUCAGGGAGCUGGCUCCAAUGUUAACCCCAGAACUGGAAAAAUGACCACAUUAGGCUGAACAGAGUGAUUCUUUUCUCAGCCGAUUGAAGUACACUUUCCUUUUGACUGAACUGUUUAAGAAGCUUGACAGAGGUGUGGAGAAAGAAAAUUUUUGCAAUACCUCAUUUUUCUGCUAAAACAUUCAGUUUCUAAAUUGCCAGUACAAUACUAGACCCUUUGGCAGUAUUAAACUUGUUCUGCUAAGAAGUUGAUUGCCAUUUGGGGCCUUCACAGCAACCACAAGAAACAGGGCCGAGACUUUCAUACCUUAGUUAGUUCACUACUAGUGUCUGGAAAUGUAAGGCGGAUUCUGCUUGGACCACAAACAGCAGUGUGAAAACGGUGUAAAAUGGUUUAAAACGGUGUAAAAGAGUGUACACCAUUUUCACACCGCUGUUUUUGGCCCAUGCCGAAUCCACCUAAGAACAGGGCUCCCCUCGUUUUUAAGCCUGUGGGCAUCUUUGGAAUUUUGACAUAAUGUUCUGGGUGUGACUCCAAAAUGGCUGCUGUAGGAGGCGGAGCCAAACACGCAGAGGAAGCACAAGUGGGAGGGAGAAAAGGGAUUAAAAUAAUGGAAAGAGGAAGGAGAGAAAAUAAAACAAACAAACAUGAGCGGCAUCUGCCUCUGAAACAUUAUUUUAAUAUGCAAAACCAACUGGAUCUUCAGUGGCCAAUCACAAGCCAUUCUGUGUGACACCACCACCAGACCCCACCCACCUUCUCAAAACUCUUGGUGUGCACCAGUAUAGGUGCUACUGGGCACGUUGCAUUGGGGACUCCUGGCACAGAGUCUUUUCUAAACAUUCAGUGAAUGUUCCUUGAUGUUACUUGGCCAAAUGUUUUUACUCCAUUUCGUUUUCUGCCUUGCUUUCCACUGGCCGACAGUUUGUCUGAGAAUGAAGAAAAUGUCUUGCCAUCACCACUGGACAACAACAGCCAGACUUUACACAUCUGGAUUAGUGAGUUUAUUUGGGGGGCCAGAUUGGGACUUAAAAUACACAUUAAAUCAUUUAUUUAUUUUAAGUCUUAUUAUAGAAUCAGAGG